GUGGGGUUUUCAGCUCUGGGCAACAUAUCUUGGCUUUUGGUUCCAAAAUGGACUUUCCCAUCCUUGCGAUGACGUAGUAUGCUAUGCAGCUUCGCAAUCCAGACUGCUCCAAUACAGCAACUGACGUCACACACGAUCGCGAUCUGAGAGGCAGCUGCAGUGCCCCUCCAUCGCAAGAGUGUAUUUUGCUAGAGAAGUCACAGUGAUUCAGCGUGGGGAGCUAUCAGGAGCUACCUCCGGACCUCUCUCCGGCCUGCUCCUCGGUUGCACACGCGUGCCUGCAUCUUCAACGUGAAUCACGGGCAAGCAACCUUCUCUGCAAACAUCUCCCCAAGCACUACUUAAACCCCUUCUCCUCCCACUUCAAUUUCUUCUUCUUUCAUCAUCACACACUCUCAUCUUCAAUCAACACACAAACACUCAAACAACAACCAACCCAAACCACCAACCACUAUCACAAUGGAGUCCCUCAAGCAAGCCGGCAACUACGUCGCUGAGACCGUUCAGCAGGCCACCUCUGGUGCUUCCAAGGAGGCCAACAAGGAGGUUGCUAAGGACGGCAACGUCCCCAUCUCCACCCGUGCCACCGCUGCCAAGGAUGCCCUUGGUGACAAGAUCGACGAGACCACUCACGACAAGAAGGCCGACGUCCACAAGGAGGCCAUCUAAGUUUUUCUCCUCAGUCUCCAAUAUUUCAGGAUCGACAUGAGAACAACAUGAAUCGACAUGAAUCGGAAUGGCGUUGAAAGGGAAUAGCGUUGGGACUACAUAGGCUGUAUUUACCUACACCUAAUACAAACAGUCAAACAUCAAAACUUGUUCAAAAAGUUCAAAAAACUGUAGACUGAAGUGGAUAUUCUGUGAUUUGAUACUCGAAAAGCAACCACGUGUGAACGCAACGGGCUUCACUUAUGAAGACUUAAAUCGAUUUGUAUAUUUCAGCACGCGAAACAGGUAUUAGAGUGAAUUAACGGGCACAACCUCAUAUCCUCGCUUUCCACACUAACUAUAGCUUUGGGGUUGAGGCUUGCGCUAUCUGGGGUGGGAGAUGUACAACACAUCUCUGCAUCAAAGACUGGCUAGACUGACGAAGCGUGCUUAGACAGAUAGUGUGGAAUCAGUAUGUCCCUUUGGGAGCAAGAAAACAUGAGACCUAAGUCUAGGGAGAUAAAAUAAACUCCACAAAAGUUAUCCUAAAAGUUAUCCUAAAAGUUAUCCUAAAA